UUUCAAGUUUAAAAAUUGUAGAUUAAAGACAUGAGUACUUUCAGAUUAUUGAUCACAGGUUUUUUAAUCAUUUACAUAGCUGGAAAAGUAGAAGGAGAUUUUUUUAAGAAAACCUUUGGAAAAUUUGGCAGUAUUAUUGGCAUGAGCAAACCGAGCGAUAGUGGAAGUGAUGAACAAAAUGAACCUGUAACUGUGGGCUAUCAAAUUGGAAGUUUAUUCAUUAAACCAGCUCUUGAAUAUAUUUUUGAAAAGAAGGAUUCUUUAGAGACAACAACACCUUAUGCCUAUGCAAACUUUGCAUAUUCACCUGGAUAUUAUAAAGACUCUCUUGUGACAUGUUCUCAUGAUGCAUUGACUGGCGAAACUAUAUCGUUGACAUGCAUGAGAGAAAAUAUGAAGAUUCCAUGCAAUGACACACUAUUUGCAAAAGACAUUGUAAAGAUAAAUUGCAAAACGGGUUAUGAAUAUCCUUCCCACAGUAUGGUAUCAACUGAAAUUGAAUGUACAGGAAAUGGUAAAUGGAGCGGAAUGAUAUAUGAAUGUCAACCAGUGUGUGGAAAAUUGACGAAAAAAUCCAAAGCUUUAAUCAUUCAUGGAGAAGAAACAGAUGUCACAGAAUUUCCAUGGAAUGUUGCUAUUUACACCAAUAAUAUACUUAUUUGUGGUGGAAAUAUCAUUAGUGAACGAGUGGUUCUUUCUGCGGCUCAUUGUUUUACACGAGAAAUGCCAUCCGGAAUAGUGCAAGUUUCCCUAGAUUCAUUCACUGUUGUAGCUGGAAAGUAUUUUCGUGAUAAAAAAACUCCUGAAAAAUUUCCAACUCAGGAAUUAACAAUCAAAAAAAUUAAAAUUCAUGAUGCUUAUUUUGGAUAUUCUGGAAAUUAUGAUGCAGACAUUGCUAUUGUGUCACUUAAUGAUAAAAUAAUUUAUAAACCUCAUAUCGGACCUGUAUGUUUGAACUUUGAUCUUAAAACAAUUGCUGAAAAGCAGAUUCCAAUGUCAGGAACAAUGGGUCUAGUUGCAGGAUAUGGAUACACAGAGGCCGAUGCGAGUCCAAGCGAUAGAUUGAAAAAGAUUAGCUUGCCAAUAGUUGAUAUUAGGCAGUGCAAAUCAGAAGCUCCAGAAAAUUUUAAACCAUUCGUCACGAGUGACAAGUUUUGUGCAGGAUAUACCGAUGGACGUGGUGCUGUAUGUAAAGGUGAUUCUGGUGCUGGUUAUGUAGUUCCAAAAACCGUUGAUGAUGAAAAUGUUUAUCAUAUUCACGGGAUAGUCAGUAAUACCCGAUCAGUAGAUGGUGGAUGCGAUGUUCAUUUCUAUACAAUGUUUACACAUAUUCAAAAUUACAUAGAUAUGAUUAAAGAGGAAGUGAGAAUAACAAAAACAUAAUAAAACCACCUCUUAAGGUCAAAUAACUUUUU